UUCCACUCUCUUAAAAGGCGCGUGGCUAAACAACUGCGAUAAAUUCAAAAGAAGAAAACCCUAAUUGGGGUGUGAUUGUGAAAUAGACGAUAAAGGAUGGGUCAUCAUCGGAAUCAUGAGGAACAAAACCAUCACCAAGCAGCUGAUAAUUUGGUGAAUUUGUUCACCAAAGCAAACCAUGAUCUCCUCGUGGUUCAGUACAGGCUCGAGAAGGAGUUUCAACAAAUAUAUCCUGAUAAUGCGAAUCCGAUGAAGUUGGUGUCUAGAAUAAAGAAGAUACAGGAAGAAUUAUCGAGCUUGACAGAGCAAUGCCGUGAGCUUUUAUCGGCCAAACAGGAUUUGAUUGAUAAGGCUAGGACAACUCUUGUUGGGAACAGAAAUUUAAUCCAGCGUAUGCAAGUAUCAACUGGCAUUCCGCUUACCAGUGAUUGUGAUGAUCCAGCAUUCACCAACUUCAACCAGAUCAUUGAUGAGUGGACACUUCAAGUAAGAUCAAGAAUAGGAGAUGAGAUGCAGGAAUCAGAGUCUGAGGAUAUUAACAAAUUACUGUUCUCAGCUAUCGUUCAAAGCAACUAAACAACUUUCACAUUACUAGUGAUUUCCUAGGAUGAUGAGUUGAAUAUUCUAGUGUUAUCAAGAACUUUAUGCUUGCUUUUAGUUGUUGUAUUUUUUGUUCACUGAGAUGAUUUUCACAUGAAAUAUACAUAAAAUCUAGUCUAGUUAGGUUGCUUAAAUUACCUUAUGUUUAAAAAUGCAAAUAAAAUUCACGUUUUCAUCUACGAAUCCCUGGCUUAACAGAGCG